AUGUCGAUAGGUUCCGACUCCCAGUCCAGUUCACAACUCCUCUCAUCCUCGGUGUCCUCCCUCAAUCAAUCCAAACGGACAUCAUCCGAAAUCUCCAAAAUCUACAAACAUGCCUCACAGCUCUUUCUCACGCGUCGACUACUAGAAGCCUUGGAGGCACUGCAGCCGAUAGUGACUCCUCCAGAGACUACUAGACCAGGAGACAGUCCGGCACAAGCACCCAUUGCGGCCGCAUCGACCAGCCAACGCAUCAAGAUCUGGAGCUUAUACGUCACCCUGCUCAAUUCGAUAGUCAGCCUUGGAGCUGAAGAAGGUCGCGCGGCUUUUGGUCAAGAAAAAUAUCGUCAUCUUGUCAGACUGGUUCAGAGUGGUUCUAUUUGGGAUGAAGUCGUCAAGGAUGGAUACCAGGGCCGCGAAGACUCGGUUGAUGCCGAGGUCGUAUACAACUUGUCCACUCUGCUUCUCGGACAGGCACCCGAUCAAAAAGUAAAUCAAGCUCGCCUUGAGACCUACUUGUCCUCCUCGCAUCCAGACAUGGACUUGCCCACUCAACUCGAUAAUGCGCUCAGCAAUGGCCGCCAAGCGGGGAUGAACGGAACAAACACCCCCAAAGAUCUCUCAUCACGAAUCAAGAUACUCGAGCUCUUCACGCUCCAUGUCCUUCCCCGAAACGAAGACUGGGAUUACGCAAAGAGUUUCAUUGCGAAUAGUGACAUCCUCGAUGAAGAGCGCAGGGAGGCCUUCUCACAAACAUUGCAAGAGCUGCAAGAGGUCAGCGAGGGGAGGGAAAACUUCGAGCCGGCAGAGGAAGUCUUCGACGAGGCUGAGCCAGAAUCCCCGGUCCUGGCACCCCCGGUCAAAGAUGAAAGGCUCUCUAGAAGGCAGCCCCAACAGCAGGAUACCAUCAAACACCAGAGGACCAGUAGUGAGGUCGACUAUGGCAUUGAAGAAGAGCGGCCCAGCAGCAUUCAUGAACCAACUGCUCCAGCAUCUCGAUCACCACCUGCAUCAUCGACCUCUAUAAGCCGAACACACCUCUCACCCCCGUCCCAGACCCCUCGCCGACCUGCACGCAAGCAGCCCAAGGCUGCGAGCCAAAACGCCCUCUUCGCGCAGGCACGACAACUGUUUGCCGCCUUGUCGAACCUGGCGCGCAGCAUGGCCGGCACACUAUCGAAAAACCCCACUUCUCUCCUCCGUUUCUUCCUCUUCCUCCUCGCAUUCUUCAUGGCAUUCAGCCAGAAACAGAUCAGGGACAAAACGCGCCGAAUCGUCGGCCAGAGCUGGGACAAGGUCCGGGCCACGAUCGGUAUGGGCACCAAGGUCAGCUAUAUCUGA